AUGCCUGCACGCAACACGCCGCCCCUGGCGGGCCUCGAUUUGGAUGCAAUGAACCCCGAUAUGGGGGUCGACUCGUCGGCUCGCAUGCCGAGCCAGUAUGUCGACCCCUGCAAAAAGGCUGCGUUGCAGUCGAUGAAGUGCCUCGAGCGCAACGGCCACGACAAGGCCCAGUGCCACAACGAGUUCAUGAUCUACCGCCGCUGCAAGCAGGAGUAUGCGCGCCGGAAACGCGCGGGAGAGUAG